AUGACUGGAGUUUUGAACUGUUUAAAGAUAGCUAUUCUAACAAGGAACUCAUUUGCAAGCAGUGGUAUUGAAAGAUUGAUAAACUCUGAGAAAAUAGAAAAAAUUGAAUCUACUGCAUUACAAAGUACAAAUAUACUUACAAAAAUUGAUGAUUUAAGCAGUCUAACUACCAUUGGAAUGGGUGCUUUUUAUUAUAGUGGAAUUCAAGAAAUAUUUCACUUAGAUAAAUUGACAGCAAUAGGUAAUUAUGCAUUCUCUAAAUGUUCUAAUUUGCAAGGAACAUUUAAUCUUAGUUCUGUUUCAUCAAUUGGUCGUGGUUCCUUUAAUGAUUGUCCUUCUUUGUGA